CGUGUGUUUGUGUUUUUUUUUUUUCUCUCUCCCUCUCGUUCUUCUCAUUAGUUUGCUUCUUCUUUACCAGUGCUUGCGUCCCUGGAAAAAACACAAAUAUGCCAGAGGAGCCGUCAGCUUCGUCAGAGUCUGGGAGUGCAGAGGAAAAGCCUUGCUCCUCAUCGGCUGCUGCCGCUGACAGUCAUGACGUCAUGGAGGAAGCAAAGAAGCUGAUUGGCACAGGGAACAGGCAUCUGGUGAUGGGGGAUGUAGUUUCUGCUGUCAGUGUCUUCCAGGAUGCCUGCAGCAUGCUGGCAUCAAAGUAUGGAGACACUGCAGAUGAGUGUGGUGAAGCUUUUUUCUUGUGUGGGAAGUCCCUCCUGGAGCUUGCCAGGAUGGAGAACAGUGUUCUUGGUAAUGCCCUGGAAGGAGUCCCUGAAGAAUCGGAGGAAGAGCAACAACCAAGUGACUCAAACAUUGAGAGUGCGAGCAACCUCAACGAUGAGGGUGAAGAUGAUGAUAGCGAUGAGGAGGAAGGGGAGGGAACAAGUGAAGAAAAGGAAGAGGAGGAGGUUGGUAACUUGCAGCUGGCAUGGGAAAUGCUUGAAGUGGCUAAAGUAAUUUACAAAAGAAAGGACAAUAAAGAUGAUCAGCUGAUGGCAGCCCAGGCCUACCUGAAACUGGGUGAAGUUGGUGCUGAAUCAGGUAACUAUCCUCAGGCAUUGGAAGACUUCCAGGAGUGCCUUGCCCUUCAGUUGAAGCACCUGCCUCCCCACAGUCGUCUGCUGGCUGAAACUCAUUACCAGGUGGCCACGACCCUGUGCUACAUGGAUCAGUAUAGCCAGGCCAUCCAGCACUACAACAGCUCCAUAAAGGUCAUCGAGACCCGCCUGGCCCUACUGCAGAAGGCAAUUGAGGAAGCAGAUGUCGCAGCAGAAGAGAAAAAGGAGCUGGAGGAGCUGAAGCAGCUUCUGCCUGACAUCAGGGAAAAGGUGGAAGAUGCUAAGGAAAGCCAGAAAACUGCCAGCACGGCCUCUCAGGCCAUUCAGCAGACACUAGGCGGGGCCUCAACAUCAUCAGCGUUCCCAUGUGAAAACGGUGGCUCAUUUACAGCCAGUCAGAUUGCUGUUAAAUCAUCUGACGGUGCCACAUCUUCAAAAGCAGUUUCGGACAUUUCCCACCUAGUCAGGAAAAAGAGGAAGCCAGAGGAGGAGAGUCCAGUUAAGGACACUGAUGCUAAACAAUCAAAACAGGAUGCCACAGUUAAUGGCAGCAGUGGAGUCCAGGAGGAGGAGGAGCCUGCUAACCAGUCGGCCUCUGUGGAGUCCUCGGCAUGAUGGGCGUCUGCCUCUUUCCACUUCAGAACCAGCACAGCAUGCCUGUCUUCACCUCAAACACUCCUGUAAAUACAACCCAUUUUCAUAAGUUUGUCUGUCAAGUUUUGUAUACUUGUAGUAAAAAAAUGAAUAAAAGGAUUUGCAGCUGUAA